AUGGAGCUCGAGUACUCAGUCUCUCAGGUUGAUGACAAAUGGAAGGCUGAAUGGGACAAACCAGGUGUUGAACUUGAUUCAAGAGGGCCUGAAUACCCAGAAUCUGAGAAUGGUAACAAGGGCCUAGUAUCUCAGAUUGAUGAAAAGUUCCCAGAGUUUCAAGCUGAUGACGAGCACUCGGGAUCUGAGGAUGAUGGGCGACCAAUCUGGUGUGGGCCAGCAGAGGUUGUCGAGUUGUCGGAGCGACUGAUGCAAUCCACAAACCAAGAUACCGAUGAAUUAGAACCUGUCAAGUUGAUCCGGAAGAUAUCCACCCUGGAAUCAAACGAAUUUGCAGAUCUACCUUCAACUAGAACCCUUCGGGACCUCAAGUCACAGUACAACGCUCUGAUAAAACAGAAUAUGCCAAGAACUCGAUAUCCUGACCUUUUUGAAUAUCUACCCACAGAGAUAUGGAUGCAUAUUCUCCUCGAGCUGUGGAUAUUUAUAAAUAUUAGAGGAGAUCUAGACGCUUUAGAAUUAGCGCACUCGGCGCUAUUUCUGUCCAAAGGUCUACCCUUAUCUAUAACGGUUGAUGUUCCCAUGACACCCAUUGUGCAGGAAACUUUUCUGAAAAGAGAAGUAGCUCGUAUUCAACAUCUGACGAUAGUCCCAGGUUUUCGAUACCUGCAAACAAGCUCGCGGCUGGAAACUGUUAUACCCAAGCUGGUCAAGUUAACUGCGCUCAAGGCGUUGAGUCUCUUUGAUUCUUCACGGGAGGAACAAGAGACCCCAUCCAAAUCGUAUACAAAAGUAUGCAAUAUUAUCGCCCCUAUAGAGUAUUUGCGAUUAUUCCAGACACCAUCGACUUAUAUUUGGCCAUUAUUAGCCCAAGUAAUCUCUAGAACCCGUGAAUUGGGACUCAAAAUAAGAUGGGGGGACGUAUUCGAGCUCUUCACUGCAAUUCAUGAAGCACCUUAUUUACAUAGACUCGAAAUCAUUAUCAUGGUCGAUCCCGACGAAGAUGUAGUCAAGGCCACCGGUUGGAAGGCCCCUACUCUUCUCCAAAUACAAUGUUUUCAGCUAUCAGUAUAUGAAAGGCAAGCUAUAUUCGUAGCCAAGGCGCUCCUAGACGCCCUUGAUGGCAGCUUGGCCAACCUUCAGACGCUACAUUUCCAUUGCGACAUCUUUGCCAGUGACCUAGUUCGAUUUCUCAAAGGUAUGGAACAUCUGAACAUAUUGAACGUCCUGGGUUAUGUAGAAAAUGAUGAAGCUGGGAUGGUAUCUUGCCCCUCGUUGAAAACUCUAAUAGCGAAAACGGAAGGGGUUUUAUGUUACGUGAGCAUGCCAAACCUCCUCAGCCUCACGAUUAACAGCACAUAUGAUCUGGAAAAGUCAAUAAAGUGCAUAUCCUAUCCAGAUAUCGAUCGUAGCUUUGUGACUAGCGUCCAGUCAUUAUCUCUGGAUACUAGAAUUGCGGCUAUUCUCAUCCCCGAUGACACCAAGUUUACGCAGCUCCUCACACUCGAGUGGAUAGGUUCUGGGUCAACAUAUUUUCAUCUAUAUCACCCGUUCACUUCCCUUACCAAAAUCAAUUUCGCUGCAUACAAUCAAAAUCUAGGAGCGAGCUAUUUCUGUGAGCUAUUACUCCGGUAUCCUCGGUUGUGUCCACGUCUGAAGACGAUUUGCAUGCACGAGUAUCCGGAAUGGGACAUGCUCCUAUACAUGCUGCUUAGACGAAAUGUGUACCAGAGCCAAGACAACAUUUCACGAAUUACAAGUAUAGGGCUUCCAGGGUAUCCAGCUCCGAGCAUACUUGUGCCCUUGAAGACGUUGUUACUAGGCAAGAUUCCGUUGGUGAUUCCUUCUCUUGAAGGGUUUCUAUAUUACUUGAUCUUAUCUGAUCUUACCAUGUGGGUCACCUCUAUCCUAGUAAUUGGUUAUGCCUAUCCCUUCAAGUGGCCCGUACUAUUUUUUUAUCCAACUUCGAACAUGCUGUCCGGAAAAGGAAAGCGAAAAUGCCCGAGGGAUUUGACCCGCCUCUUCCCAAUCACCUCCGAGACUGGUUCGACGUCUGGAAAGAAAAAGAGUACGCAUGGGCUCAAAAAGUGCUCGAACAUGAAGACUGGAGACUGCGAAGAAUUAGCUGCAUACGACAUGAUUAUUCGCGGGUCGUAA